AAACAAAAUAAUAAUAAACUUCAAUUUAACACGGAAAUGUAAUGUACAUUUUUAUUUACGCUUUACUCGGGUACUAUUUGUGUCCUACUGAUAUUAUGCUGACAAAUCCGCGCGUAACGUAAACGUUGUAAACACGUCACGUUUCCUUCAGUGUCACUGACAUAAAUAAUAUAGAAAUAAUUUAUAGCUUAAUUAAAAAAUUUAGCUAUUCGUACAAUUACAAUACGUUUAUUCGGAUUUUCGCUUUAUUUUAUUAUGCUAUCAUUCAGUAAACAUAAUAAGACUUUUAAUGUGACUUUUAUUUUGAAAUGCCGUAAAACAGGAAGUAUCCCAUAACGGUUAUGUAGUGUUUUACGCUGCAGUAAUGACACAGAAGUCACCAUAUAAACAGUGAUAUUUCAGCAGCAGCAGCAGCAGCAGCAGAGAAACUACACAACUACACAACUACACAACUACACAACUACACAACACGGUCUAACUACACAACUACACAACACGGUCUAACUACACAACUACACAACACGGUCAGGUGUCGGAGGUGUUCGGACAUGGCGCUAUGUGGAGCUUUGUGUCGCGUUGUGUUCGUCUCUAGGAGCAGCAGCAGUCAUGUCGGUUUGUGUGUCUCUGCUGCGUCUCUCAGAAAUCAGUCUACUGCGAGUGCCGCUGCUUUGGCCACUGCAUCCAGUCCAAAAGCACAGGAAAAGAGAAAACCCAAGACCGGUAUCCUCAUGCUGAACAUGGGAGGUCCUGAGAGACUGGAAGACGUUCAUGACUUCCUGUUGCGUCUUUUCCUGGACAAAGAUCUGAUGCAGCUUCCUGUCCAGGAUAAACUCGGGCCGUUCAUAGCCAAGCGGCGCACGCCGAAGAUCCAGGAGCAAUACAGUAAAAUCGGAGGAGGAUCUCCCAUCAAAGCCUGGACCACCAUGCAGGGAGAGGGGAUGGUCAAACUCCUGGACCAGAUGAGUCCUGAAACUGCUCCACACAAGUUUUAUAUCGGCUUCCGGUACGUAAACCCGCUAACGGAGAAAGCCAUCGAGGAGAUGGAGACAGACGGAGUGGAGAGAGCUGUGGCUUUUACUCAGUAUCCUCAGUACAGCUGCUCCACAACAGGCAGCAGUUUGAAUGCUAUCUACAGAUACUACAGCAGCAAUGAACUGAGGCCUAAAAUGCGCUGGAGUGUGAUUGACAGGUGGCCCACACACCCUCUGCUUAUCGAGUGUUUUUCUCAGCAUGUGCUUAAUGAGCUGGAGAAGUUUCCUCCUGAGAAGAGAGAUGACGUGGUCAUUCUUUUCUCUGCCCACUCGCUCCCCAUGUCUGUGGUGAACAGAGGAGACCCGUACCCACAGGAAGUAGGAGCCACAGUGCAGAGGGUGAUGGAGAGGUUAUCUUACUGUAACCCGUAUCGUCUCGUCUGGCAGUCGAAGGUGGGCCCGAUGCCGUGGCUUGGUCCCCAGACGGAUGAGGUGAUAAAAGGUUUCUGUAAAAGAGGGAAGAAGAACCUGCUCUUGGUUCCAAUCGCCUUCACCAGUGACCACAUCGAGACUCUACACGAGCUUGACAUUGAGUACUCGCAGAUCCUCGCAGAAGAGUGUGGGGUCGAAAACAUCAGAAGAGCAGAAUCCCUCAAUGGAAACCCGCUGUUCUUCAAGGCGUUGGCAGAUUUGGUUCAAACGCACCUGAAGUCCAACGAGUCUUGCUCUCGGCAGCUCACCCUGCGCUGUCCUAUGUGUGUGAACCCGACCUGCGGGAAAGCCAAGGCCUUCUUCGCCAACCAAAAUGUCUGAUUUUUUUCCUGACUUCUUGCCUGCGAGCCUUCGUGCCUGGGAGGAGCUUCUCACAUCACCUGCCAAAAACAAACAGCAAGAAACCCAACCUUACAGAAGCUCCAAAAAUCUGCUGGCCGCUGGAGCGAGUCCAGGUUCACUCUGUUCGUUUAGAUCUGUAGCUUCACACGUUCGUCAUUUCUCCAGGGGGAAAAAAAUAACUUCAUAGCCUAUUAGCAUCUUCUCGAACUUAUGUUAAAGUAUUGGCACCCCUGCCUUAUUAGGACAUGUGCAAUUUAGGCCUCCAGUAAAACAUAUCUGUGUGAAUGUCUGGGGAAAAUGUUUUUACUAUGUGAAGUGAGAUAGUGAGAUAUUCAUCUGUUACUCGUCUCUUUAAGUACAAAUUAAAUUGCACUGUUUUCAAAAUUUAAAUGUGAUCAUUCUAUUGAAAAAGUGAUUUUGCUCUUUUCUUGUUAUUGAAAAACAAAAAUAAAGAUCUGCCAAAAGAACAAGAGGA